UUUUUUUAAAAUAUUUAUUAUAUGUAUGAAAUAAAAACCGCAGAUUAUUUCCCAUUAUUUAUCGGCACUUCGUCUUCCUCCACCGGUGAUGAAUUCUGUAGUCUCUCUACCGGCGAUGAUGUCCGCAGCAGCAGCACCUCCAUUGGCGAAUUUCACGGCCACAACUGCUUCACGGCCUACAGCCCCCUCGAUCCAGUGUAACUUGCUGUUCUAUGUUAGACAUCACGUUUACUCUCAUAAGAAGUAUUCCAAAAAUGGAAUUACCAUUAAGUAUAGAGAUCUCCUGAAGCACAUCAGACCAGAAAAGGGAUAUUCUUCAACGAGUGUUCGAGGCACCAUUUAUUGUUCAAAUCAGAAGGAAAGAGAUGUUGGCUUGCCUUCUGAUCAUAUCGCAGUUGGUGCAAAAGUGAUAUAUGCUGCUGCUCCUGCAAUGGGUCAUAAUCAGGUUCCUACAGUGCAAGGAUCCUUAAUCAAAGAAUCACAUCCAGAAUGCAACUCUAGAGUUCCUGCAAUUUUGACAACUUUGGAAAAGAUGAAACUGACUUCAAAGUUUCGAGGCUCAGAUGUUGUUGAAGUGCAGAAUUUCAGACCAGCUACAACAGAUGACAUAGGAAGUGUUCAUGCUGGGCCCUAUAUUUCAGGGCUUGAGAAGGUAGCAUAGCCAUAAGGCUAUGGAUCAAGCUUCAGAGAAAGGUCUAAUUUUCAUUGAUGGAUCUGGACCCACAUAUGCUACUGCCACAGUAAGAAUAUAUCUCUUACGGUAACUCUUCCUCUUUCUG